UUCGAUGAGCGCGCAAUGGCGUAGGAUUUGGAUAUUCUGAUUGAAAGACCAUAUCAGUCGAUGGACUUGAUGCACCUUACAUUUAUCAAAACAAAGAAGCUGUGUUGUUUCGUUACCGCGAGUGUAUUGUGCGAUUCACGAAUCGCGACUUCGUUGAGAUGCGAAUAUAUUAGCGUAUUGCUGCGCGACGCUCUGCGAUUUGAGGCUGAAAGUGUCGUGCUUGUUUUACAUUUAUUUUUCUUUCUUUUUUCCGUUGAACCUCAACGAUUGUCGUCGUUGUCAUCGUUGUGACCGACUCCAUUGUUGCUUAUUGAGAUUGAAUUAUAUUUUGACCUGAUUGCAAGAUAGACAAGUUAAUAUGGGUGGGGCUGUGAGCAGUGGGAAAGAUAAUAAUGAACUAGUGGAUAAUCUCCUGGAGUCUGGAUAUAUCAAAACUAAACAGGUCGAACAAGUGUUCAGGGCUGUCGACAGAGCCGAAUAUAUUCUACACUCUCAUCGAGAAUCAGCCUAUAAAGACAUGGCUUGGAAGCAUGGUAACAUCCAUCUCUCUGCACCAUGUGUCUACAGCGAAGCAAUGGAGGGCCUUUCCUUGGCACCAGGAUUAAGUUUCUUAAAUCUUGGUUCUGGAACUGGCUAUCUCAGCACCAUGGCAGGCCUCAUAUUAAAACAAAAUGGAAUCAAUCAUGGCAUUGAGUUGCAUCAAGAUUGUGUAAAAUAUUCUUAUGAUCGUUUGGAAGAAUUUAAACGGGAGGCAUCAGCAUUGGACGAAUUUGAUUUCUGCGAGCCUGUGUUUGUCCAAGGUAACUGUCUAAGUGUUACACCCAGCAGACAGUACGACAGGGUUUAUUGUGGUGCUGCGUGCCCAGAAAGUCAUGAAACUUUUGUGAAACAGUUUGUUAAAGUUGGAGGUAUCUUAGUAAUGCCAUACAAAGCAAACUUACUCCGCAUAGAAAGAAUCGAUGAAAUUACAUGGAUGCAUAAGACGAUGUUGCCAGUGUCGUUUGCCACCCUUGUCUUGCCAUCUGCAGCCGAACAAAAUUCGUAUCAAUUACCCGACUGUCAUCCGUUAUCACUUCAAGAAAUCUGUCGUGGACGAAUCCGGCGCAGAUUGCGUGAAAACGUAUGGCUGGAGCGUUCCGAUGUAGAAACGAGAAAACCCGUAACGCAUAAUCGUCUCACACAAUCACCACCUCAACGGACUCGGUGCUACGAUAUACCCGUCUUCGAGGAGUCCGACGAAGGCCUAUCCGACGAAGACGAUGAUUUUAUAGAUAGAGCACAACUGCUGCUGAAUGUUGAUGCCCACUCAAGAGAAUCCAUCGUAACGACAUUGCAGUUAGUUAGAGCCGCCUUUCAGAAUACCCGAGAUGAAAUUCACGACGAUUGGCAGGUGCAAAUCAGGGGUUCAGCUAAUAUUAAUCAUUAUCACGUGGAGACGGUGAACUUAAAUUCGGAUAAUAAUCAGGAGUCUAGAUUGGAACAAGUUGAGGAACCGGAGCGACCACAGAAUAGUGCGGACGCCCAUAGAAACACUGAAAGUAGUUCAGACGCGACAAGUACACGAUCCUCAGCUGGUACUCAACAACAGCGACAGCGACAGAGACAACGACAACAGGAGCGUCAGGAUAGUGCAGCCCGUGCUCGUGUCAAGUAUUCCCAAAAAAACUGCGCCAUAAGCGACAGUGACAAUGAUAUCGAAGAAGACAAUGCGCCGCUACAAUGUAAGAAACCAGCGAAACACGCAAAGUCAGAUAGUGGAAUACUCGAAGAUGUUAACGUCCCCAAUGAGAAUGGUGGCUUAAGUUCACCGACAAAUCAAUCAGACUCUGACGUGGCUGAUGGUACAGACACUAGUGACGCGAUGGAUGUUGACUUAUCAGAUAUAACGACCAGCAAGUCAUUCAAACGCCUUUACAAUUCGCACUCGACAUCGACGAAUUCGACCCCCAGCGAAGACACCAUAUAUGCCCACUAUAUAGACAGUAACGCAUUCACCUCUUACAUGAAAGAAAAGAUACAUCAGCUACCACUUCCCUUAUCUUUGAAAUUGUAUAUAAACUAUAACAGAAACCUGUAAAGUAACUCCUAUUGAAGUCGAAAUAUAUAUAUAUAAAGUACCUUUCCAUUAUAAA